UAUUUGAAAGGUCUCAAUAAGUGAGGAAGAACUUCUCCUGUCCAAUAUAUAGUGGCAAUAUCGGACAGGCUCAUGAAAUACAAUAGAAUCUGGGAGGAUCUAAGUCUUACAGCUUUCAACUCUGGAGAUAGUGAAUUUAUGAAGUCGCAUUAGAAGCAAUCGAAAUCGCUAGUAGACUUAGGAGCAAUUAAGUAAAAGCAGCAAUAAGAAUAAUAGAGGUUCAGGAUUUGCGUUGAGUUAUAAAUCUUCGUGCGACUCUGGAUUACAGUUAGUAACGUCACUAGAUUUAUUAAAGAGUCGGCUGAAGAACUAACUGGACUGAUUUUUCGCACAAUUAGGUCAGUCAAGAUUCGCACAGACAAGCAAAGCGGUCGCAUCUACACCAAGAAUUCGAGAAUGUAAAGAUGAGUGCCUAGAAGUAAAGGUCAGCCCACUGCUGUCGUAAGUAGAUGUAAAACAUUCCUACGAAAGGUCCACUGUUGUAGUUACACAGAAAGCUAGUUAGAGUCAACUACCGCAGUGAUCGUGGUCAGCACCUCAGAUGAUGACAUUGCUAAUUAAUAUAGUUGCCCUCAAGUAGUGACGAAAAAAAAAGUUCUAUCCGUCUCUUUUGAAGAGUAGCCUCAGACCCAGCGGCAGUAGGCAUGCUCACCCAGUUACGAAUAAAAUGAAGAAGUGAAUGAUUUCCCCAUGUUAACCCGGAGGAGGAGCCUCAGACCCAGCGGCAGUAGGUAUCCUUCCCGGGGAGAAUAGAAUUGCAAUAUCUUGAUGACGAAUAGUACCCCACUACUAAAGGCUAGAACGCCGCAAACGAGCAACACCCCAAUCAUGGAUCAUGCGCGAUGGAUGUUUAUCAAAAUUAUUGGGUUCUACAGCAAGUAUUGAUGCCUGUGCGCUUAAGCGUGAG